CGCAGCAGCAGCGCGGCAGCAGCAACAUCCUAGUGGCUGGACUCGGGGAGGACGCAUGCUGUCAGACCGGAUCUCCUGAUCCUGGUUGUCUUUUGUGUCCCGCUGCGUUUGAGCGGACCAGUCCGAACGGGAAAGCGGGAGGAAACAAAACGAAAAAAGAAAAUACUCUAAAAGCUUUUGAGUUGGGAAUACUGAAAAAGUGACAGAAGCUGGACACUUUUUCCCUGUUCGUUGUGGUUUCCUUUUUGGGGGGAUUUAUUGUUCGUAUGAGUCGAGCUGGGAUCUGUUCUCCACAGCGGAGCUCACGCCGUGUCUGGUCCAUGGAUUUCUAUACUUCUCUGGGAAUUAAACUGCGUCGCUUUUGAGUUCCUUUCAUUCUCUUUCGACGCGGGUUGUUGUUCGACACCAUGAUCUUCGCGCUGUUGUAUUUUCUGCCUCUUUUAGAUGUGCUGAGCUGCGCGGAGGAGAACCUGCGCGCUGGCGCCUCUCGGCUGGACUGCGUGCGGGCCAGCGAGCAGUGUCUGCGGGAGCAGGCGUGCAGCACUAAGUACCGCACCAUGAGGCAGUGCGUGGCCGGUGCCAAGGAGAGCAACUUCACCCAGGUGACCGGCGUGGAGGCCAGGGACGAGUGCCGCAGCGCCAUAGAGGCGCUCAAGCAGAGCCCGCUGUACAACUGCCGGUGCAAAAGGGGCAUGAAGAAGGAGAAGAACUGCCUGCGGAUUUACUGGGGGAUCUAUCAGACGUUACAAGGUAACGACUUCUUGGAGGAGUCUCCGUAUGAACCGGUGAACAAACGUCUGUCAGACAUCUUCCGCCUGGCUCCCAUCCUGGAGGGUGGGGAACCAUGGAGCAGCUCUGCCACUUCAGCUCCAGGCAGGGGGCCUGCCCAGGGCAGAGUGUCCCAGGCAAGAGAGGCUACUCUGGGCAGAGGGAGCCCCUCCAUGGAGCUUCAGGAUCCCAGUAGAAACAGGAGGGCUCAUCCCAACUGGGCCAUAUUGGGAGAGCCUGCGGUUGCCCGAGAGAACAACUGCCUGACGGCGGCCAAGGCCUGCAACCUGAACGAUACGUGCAAGAAGUACCGGUCAGCCUACAUCAGCCCCUGCACCAGCCGCGUUUCCACCGCAGAGAUCUGCAACAAACGGAAGUGCCACAAGGCGCUGCGGCAGUUCUUUGACAAGGUUCCUCCAAAGCACAGCUACGGCAUGCUGUUCUGCUCCUGCCCUGUCAGCGACCAGACGGCUUGCUCCGAACGCAGGCGUCAAACCAUCGUCCCUGUCUGCUCAUACGAGGAAAAGCAGAUGCCAAACUGUCUGGAGCUGCAGGCCUCCUGCAGGACCAACUACAUCUGCAGGUCCCGACUGGCUGACUUCUUUGUAAACUGCAUGUCGGAGCCUCGCUCGCUGUCUGGCUGUCUGAAGGAGAACUACGCUGACUGUCUCCUGGCUUACUCUGGCCUUAUUGGAACCGUGAUGACCCCCAACUACCUGCGCUCCCCAAAAAUCAGCGUCUCCCCUUACUGCGACUGCACCAACAGUGGCAACAACAAAGAUGACUGCGACAAGUUCACAGAGUUUUUUACAGAGAACACCUGCCUCCGUAACGCCAUCCAGGCCUUCGGGAAUGGAACGGACAUCGGCAUGUGGCCGCCGAUAUCUCCUGUUCAGACCACCACUUCCAUCACCACGCCCUACCAAAGAAAUCGUGAACGCAACCCCAACACCAUAGACAACCACAUCAACGCCGACUCCAGCCUCUACCACUUCUGUGGCAACUUACAGGCUCAGAAACUACAUUCAAACACCACUGUUGAUGUCUGUUCAUCUGAUCCCCAAGCUCCGAAGGUAGAUGGUCCAAGCGCAUCCAAUGCCAUCCUGCGAGGCUCGGCGGUCUGCAGACAGGCUGCAAGCGUCACCUCCUUGCUGCCCCUGCUGCUCUACUUUGGCUACUUGUAGCCUUGCUGCCAGAAAGCUGCAAAUUAUGGACUGAGAAAAUCAUAUUUGUAUAAAAGAAAGCAAAAAAGGAAAAUGAUAUUCUUUCUUUUUCAGUACCUUUUGUGCUUUUGUUGUCCCUGGAUCUUUUCAUUUACACUUUUGUUUCCCAAUCUGUUGGCAUUUGCACUACAGCUUAAUGCUAAAAUCGUGAUUUAUUAGACAUUUUGACUUCAUUCCAGCUGGUUUGAUCAGAAAUGUGGAUUUGAAGCAUUUAUAAGUUCCACUUGAGCAGAAAGAUGUGACAGAAUAUCCUUGAGGACUACGUUCCACUGAUGGAUGAGCGAACAGCUUUGAAAUACAGUGUAAAUUAACAUCAGUUUUCAGAAUUCCCCAUUCAAGUUUUCACCCGUUUAUGUUUGCGUGUUGAGGCUUUUUGGUGGGAUCAAUUGCUUAAGAGUCACAGUAAGUUCAGUGAAGCUGAGGCAGCGUUUUUUUGGUGUUGUUCAGUCUCCUUUGUGAUUUGUGUAUGUUUUGAUAAUGAUGUGAUCUGGUAUUUUACAUUUUUAUGAGCUUAACUAAAGACCCAAAUGCACAUUACCUGCUUAAAAGCAGUGGAAAAGUUUCAAAGGCCGCACCCAGAAAUGUCUUCACUGUAUUUCUUUCUAAACACUAACACAGCUGAUAAGCACACAUGGCAAGGUCCUACAAACAAAUACAUCACAUGUCACACAUGAGACAAUGAAUAUAGACAUGCAUAAAUCAAACAUCAAUGUUGGAGCCACUCCUGUCGUCUGUUCCUGCACCUGAUAAAAACUCUCCAUUCUUUAGUUCCUUUGUGGAAGACAACAACAAAGCUCCUGAACAAUAUGGUUGAAACUCAUGCACCUGAUAAAUUGUCAAUUGUUUUCAACAACUCUUACUUAAAACUACCUGAAAUUCUAUGCUUCCCUAAUGUCAGAGUGGGUUUUAAUUGAUUAUUUUCUGAAACCCUUCCAAUCCCACACCCUGUGUUAAUUGGUUAUAACCCAACAAUUACAGGUUUUUGACAGAAUUUCUUAGAAGGUAAAUUUGUCCUCUUUGUCCAUCUUUUCUAUCUCCAGCAGCCAUUGGGCAAGAGGUGAGGUGUGCCGUGGAAAGUCCCCAGUCCAUCAGGGAACAAAACAGACAUGCUUUGGACAAACAAUCAUAAAUAAAUCACUCAUACACACCACAUGAGCAAUUUAAAGCUGCCAGUUAAGCUUAGGACUGUGUGAAGAAACUGGAUAACUGGACAUGCAAAGACCGUAGGUUUGGAAUUUAACCCAAGACAAUGUCUUGGUGUUCACUGUUCAGUUUCACAGUGCUUUGCAAAAGUGUUUCCACCCCUUAAACUACUUCCACUUUUCUUCAUGACAACCAGAAUUAUUAGUUUAUGUUAUGCAUAUUUCAAGACACUGUACUUCAUAAACUAUGCAAACUUUUAACAGACAACACAGCUUAGCCUCAGUUUUAUUGGUCUCAACUAUAAUUUCUCAAUCUUGUCAAAAAUUCUCAGUUUGAUUUAAGACAGGACUUUGACUGUGUCAAUCUAACACAAUAUCACUUUUAGCAGUAUGUUUAAGUUUAUUCUGCUAAAAGGUGAACUACUGUCCCUGGAUUUAGCUCCAUUUUCACCUACUGGAAAAGAAAAUGCCACCACGAUACUUCUGCCACCAUACAUCACAGUGGGAUAGCUCAAUGAAGUGAGAGAUGGAGCGUUCAAGAGGUGUGAUUGUACAAAGCACAGUACGUACUGUCUCUGAUAAGCAUAGUAACUGCUGACAGAUUAAGAAAUGUAUUUAAAGACUAUUGACACUAACGGUGACUUGUAAAAAACCCAUUGUGAAGCAAAAUAUAAAAUUUUUAGCAGCUUAGGAUUCAAGCAUCUUUAACAGAAGAUGCAGAAAUAUCCUUUAAUAAACUGUGUUUUCUCUGCAAAGUUGUAAGCCACUGUAAAAAGCUUUGUAACUAAAAGAUUUAUCUUUUUGUGCUGGAGCGUUGGAUGUCCAACGCUCCAGAACUUCCUGCUCAAAAUUACUAAUUUGGUGCAAACAUUUCAAGCUGUGGUGUAUUAGAGGCAUUGUGGAAAAAAAGGAGUAAAUUUCCACCAAAAAAACGGACAUAUUUUGAGAUUAAUCUCAGAAAUUUCAGAGACAAAAACGAGGGAAUUUUUGAUAUCUAAAAGUUGAAAAUUUGAUAGAAAAAAACUCAGACACUGUAAGACUAAUCUAAAAAGUGUUCUACUAAACACUUGGAAAUGUCAGAAAUGUAUUAAAAAAUUUAUUAAUCUCAAAAUGUAUUUAUUUUUUCUUGCAAUGCUUUGCUAUUUCAAACUCAAAAAUUAGUUUUUUCUCAAAUUUAUUAGAUUAAUUUAUCAAUUUCUUAGUUUCUUGGCACACAUUUACUACACUUUUUUUUUUUUUACUUUACUUUUGUAUCUAUAAUGGCCCUGAUAAGCCAUCACAGAAAACAAAACUUCCAAUGUUUUUUUUUUUUUUUUUAAGAAAAAUCAGCUCCCACAUCUGGCAGUAAUGAGAAUCAAAAAUACAUAAUGUCUUUCAAGUUCUACAGGUGACAUUUUAGUUCCAGUUUAUCUAAAUUAUGUGGAUUGUCAUGUUGAAACAUGAUAGUGGGGAAAUGUUUGGUACUACAUUAACCUUAUUCAUGGAAUAUUGGUGCCUGGAUAUUUAAGGAAAAUAUCUACAAUAGCAAUGACUGUAGAUGAUACUUGAUGGAAUUAUUUCAUUUGAAUCAGUCAGUAACAAUGAGAAUGUAAAAUAUUUUGUUUAACUAUACGAACAGCCUGCGGCAGUCUGGCAAUCUGUCCAGGGUGAUCCCGCCUCUCGCCCGGAACAUAGCUGGAGAUAAACCAGAACCUCUUGACCUCACUGGGGAUGAGGGUGAACAGAAAAUGGAUGGAUGGAUGGAUGGAUGGAUGGAUGGAUGGAUGGAUGGAUGGAUGAUGGAUGGAUGGAUGGAUGGAUGGAUGGAUGGACGGACGGACGGACGGACGGACGGACGGAUGGACGAUGGAUGGAUGGAUGGAUGGAUGGAUGGAUGGAGGAUGGAUGGAUGGAUGGAUGGAUGGAUGGAUGGAUGAUGGAUGGAUGGAUGGAUGGAUGGAUGGAUGGAUGGAUGGAGGAUGGAUGGAUGGAUGGAUGGAUGAUGGAUGGAUGGAUGGAUGGAUGGAUGGAUGGACGGAUGGAUGAUGGAUG